UUAUGCUCGUAGUUAAUGAUUUUUUCAACAAAAUUAACCCAGUGUCUGCAUUAUUUGACUGAUUUUUUGUUGUUGGGCGUUUUAUGGGUUGUUCACUUGAUGAUUUUUCUGUGGUUUUAUUGGGAACUUUGCAUACUGUUUCUUGAUCUAUUCCUUUACGGAUUUUUUUUUGUUUCAAUAAUCCAUGGCAAUUUUUCCAUAAAUCUUGGUCACCACUAGCUGUGUUGUAAGAAGUUGUUUAUUGAAAAAUGUCAUUGAGAUAUUGCUUCAUGUGGCAACUGGACACUUGGUGGGUCUUAGUGAAAUAUCUGUUUUUUUUUUUUAUUUUAUCCGUGUUGAUGCUUAGCUGAAGUUUUGAACAUGAAAACACAGAACAAAGAUCUCAAGUAAUUCCUUUAUUGUCUGGGAACAUUUAUUGCCUCUUCAAGUUUUUGUUGCUUGGAAGCAUUACGAAACCAUCUUUUGAGUGUGAAGUUUGAGGGGAUUACGAUUUACUAUAAAGGAAUAUGGAGGACAAGUGUGCAAUCAAGAAAGAUGUCACUGAAUUAAUAGGAAAUACCCCUAUGGUAUAUCUCAACAAUAUCUUGGAUGGUUGCGUAGCCCGUAUUGCUGCCAAACUUGAGAUGAUGGAACCUUGCUUCAGUGUUAAAGACAGGAUUGCAUAUAGUAUGAUCAAAGAUGCGGAAGAUAAGGGCUUAAUUACUCCGGGGAAGACUGUCCUCAUUGAACUUACAAGUGGUAACACGGGCAUUGCAUUAGCAUCCAUCGCUGCAGCCAAGGGUUACAAAGUUAUCAUUAUCAUGCCAGCUGCAAAAAGUAUAGAGAGAAGAAUAGUGAUGCUGGCAUUUGGAGCUGAGUUGCAUCUCACAGAUCCAACCAUGGGCUAUGAGGAGGUCCUUAGAAAGGGUGAGGAGAUACUAAAAGUCACACCUAAUGGUUACAUGCUUCAUCAAUUUGAAAAUCCAGCCAAUCCAAGGAUUCAUUAUGAAACCACAGGCCCUGAGAUAUGGAAAGAUUCGGCAGGAAAAGUUGAUGUCCUGGUUGCUGGGAUAGGGACAGGUGGUACAGUAACUGGAGCAGGGAAAUUUCUUAAGGAGAAAAAACCGGAGAUUAAGGUGUAUGGUGUAGAACCAGCAGAAAGUGCAGUCCUGAAUGGAGAAAAACCUGGUGCACAUCUGAUUCAAGGACUUGGCGCAGGCGUUGUUCCUCCUGUUUUGGAUAUUGGCCUCCUCGAUGAAGUUAUCAAAGUAUCGAGUGAUGAAGCUAUUGAUACUACCAAGCUGAUUGCUUUGAAAGAAGGUUUGCUGGUGGGAAUAUCAUCUGGUGCUGCAACAGCUGCUGCUAUAAUGUUGGCCAAGAGACAGGAAAAUGCUGGGAAACUCAUUGUGGUGGUUUUUGCUAGUGCCGGGGAGCGAUAUAUUUCCUCGAAGCUGUUUGAUUCCAUCAGGCACGAGGCAGAAACAAUGACCUUUGAUUAAGGUCUUACUGAUUUUUCAUGCGGGGGACCUAUUUAAACUAUUGGUUUUUUUUUGCGCAAUUCCUUCCUGGAAGAACGUAAUUCACACUGAUUCUGGACUCGUAUGGGUAGGGGCUGUGCAACACAGGCCUGAUUCCUUAAAAUUGUACCUACUUCAUGCAACAUAUGAAUGCUUCAAGCAUAAGACUCUUAAUAGACUUGUCGUCAACUGUCUUGAAA